CCUCACAGAGGUAGCUCCUCCGCCGGCAGCAACUCGGCGCCCGCGGUCCAUGGACCGGAACCCCGGGCCGACGGGCAGGAACCCGGGCCGCGAUCGUCGCCUCCCCGCCCCAGGCUCCUCCUCCUCGCUCCCCACCGCCUCCUCCGGACGCCCGCAGGCAGCGCACUGCAGGCUCCGGGCUCUCGGAGCCGCCCCGAGAGACUGGGUGGCGGGUUCGCGGCUGCCACGGAACUGAGGCCUACUCCGCCGUUUCUCAGUGCUAUUGUCCCUGGGCCCGGCCCUGACCGGGUCCACUGGGGAGGCGAGUGCGCCGGCUCCGCGGAAAAUGCCGGACCAAGCCCUACAGCAGAUGCUGGACAGAAGUUGCUGGGUGUGUUUUGCCACCGAUGAAGAUGAUAGAACCGCCGAAUGGGUGAGACCGUGCAGGUGCAGAGGAUCUACCAAAUGGGUUCACCAGGCUUGUCUGCAGCGCUGGGUGGAUGAAAAGCAAAGAGGAAACAGUACAGCCAGAGUGGCGUGUCCUCAGUGCAAUGCUGAAUACUUAAUAGUUUUUCCAAAGUUGGGUCCCGUGGUGUAUGUCUUGGAUCUUGCAGAUAGACUGAUCUCAAAAGCCUGUCCCUUUGCUGCAGCAGGAAUAAUGGUUGGCUCUAUCUAUUGGACAGCUGUGACCUACGGAGCAGUGACAGUGAUGCAGGUUGUAGGCCAUAAAGAAGGUCUGGAUGUUAUGGAGAGAGCUGAUCCUUUAUUCCUUUUAAUUGGACUUCCUACUAUUCCUGUCAUGCUGAUAUUAGGCAAGAUGAUUCGCUGGGAGGAUUAUGUCCUUAGACUAUGGCGCAAAUACUCAAAUAAACUACAAAUUUUGAACAGUAUAUUUCCAGGAAUUGGUUGUCCUGUUCCUCGAAUUCCAGCUGAGGCUAAUCCUUUAGCAGAUCAUGUCUCUGCCACCCGAAUUUUGUGUGGAGCACUUGUCUUUCCUACUAUUGCGACAAUAGUUGGUAAACUGAUGUUUAGUAGUGUUAAUUCUAAUUUACAAAGGACAAUCUUGGGUGGAAUUGCUUUUGUUGCCAUAAAAGGAGCAUUCAAGGUUUACUUCAAACAGCAGCAAUAUUUACGUCAGGCACACCGCAAAAUUCUAAAUUAUCCAGAGCAAGAAGAAGCAUAAAACUUUAACUUCUAGUUGUUCUGCAGUCCUCUCAUCCUUAUGAGUCUGUUGUGUUGUUUUGAUUCCAUCAUUAAUGCACAGUAGUGGAGACCUGUGUUAAGCUGCUGCUCCCCAAGUUUUAAGAAAUAUAAUAAAAGCACUUAGGGCAAGGGAAAUCCUCUCAGUAAUCACGGAACCUAAGGCUGGGAUUUGUUUUCAUUAUUCUGUAUGUACUUCUUUUAUGGCAGUCAUCUGAACCACUACCUUAGCAUGGUAAACCUGGGCUUUGUUCCUUUUUUCUCCAGACAGAAAUGUAAAGAUCAAACUACAAAUAUUGAAAAGUGCACAUGCUAUUUUAUUCAGAUGCCUUUUUUGUACAUAUUCAUGUUCAAUGUUUUCUUAGAAUCAGACUCGAUGAAGGUACUAUGAGGAUUUUUCUCACUGGCAUAAUUUGAUUUCAUGUUAAACAGUAGUAUAUGUUAAUAUGAGGAAAUGUAAAUUAAAUUAGUUAUAAAUAAAUAACCAAAAAUGUAUGUAAACAUUCACAUGAUUAUCUGAACAAAUGCAAUUUUGUUGUUUUUCUUAACCCAUGUGAUGUCCUCCAAAAUGUGUAGGGUAAAAAUUCACAGGGCUUCCAGAUCACUUUUUUCACUAUUAAAUUUUAUUUAUAUAAUGUUGACAUCUCAUAGUUCAUAAUGUAAUUUGGACUCAUGCAGUCUUAAUUACUUUGUGUGUGUGUGUGUGUGUGUGUGUGUGUGUGUGUGUGAAAGAGAGAGAGAGAGAGAAGCAAGAAGCAAGAGAGAGUGACAUCAGGUCCUUCCAUCACUGGAAUAAGGUUUUUAAAUCCAUAUUUCUAGAAAUUAGAGCUGCCAGUUUCUAGUAGUUUGAGCACAGAGAAUGAUUUGCAAAAAAAUCAAUAAAGUUAUUUUACUCUUGUC